GAGGACGGUGACGUCGAGAUGGCGGCGGCAACGGAAGAGGCUAUCUCCUGCGCGGACUGCGCGAGGACGGUUUCUACACGAUCUUUAGAACGGACAUUGUAGAAGCAUAAGUGCAGGCUGAGCUGAGACGGCCAAUUCGUUGUUCUAGCAACACGCGCAUCCACAAAAUGUUACCUUAUAUGGGGCUGCGGGGAAAGAGUUUGAAGUCGGCGAUAAGUUUGGUUUGCGGGUUGUGUUUCUUGUGCUUUGGCUAUGCUCAAGGUGUCAUGGGAGGGCUGUUGACGGUGCCAGCCUUCCUUGAGAGAUUUCCGCAGGUUGACACAAUCAACAAUGAUUCGUAUCAUAAUGCAACAAUUCAAGGUGCCGUCGUGGGAACGUGGAACUUGGGAUGCUUCGUCUCGGCCAUACUCACCAUCUUCUUGGGUGACUACCUGGGACGCAAGAAGACCUUGAUGAUAGGCCUGGUGUUCUGGGUCAUCGGAGAGAUCAUCCAGUCGUCCUCGUACAGCUUUGGCCAGUUCAUUGCCGGCCGUGCCAUCGCUGGCUUCGGCAAUGGCUUCACCACGGCCACCGUCCCUGCCUACCAAGCCGAGUGCGUCAAGUCCCACCGCAAAGGCACGAUUCUCAUGAUUUCCGCCGGCGCGUUCAUCGCCUUCGGUCUCGCCCUCUCCUACUGGGUUGUCUUCGGCUUCGCCUACCUGUCCAACUUCGCCGCCGCAUGGCGCGUCCCCAUCGCCUUCCAGAUCAUCUUCGCGCUCGUUGCCCUGGCAAUCUUGAUAUUCAUGCCCGAGUCCCCCCGCUGGCUUAUCCUUACCGGCCGCGAAGACGAAGCGCUCCGCGUCCUGUCCGCGCUCAACGAUGAGGACAUUGAGGGUCCCGAGAUCCGCGACGAAUUUUUGCAGAUCAAGGAUGCGAUCCUCAUCAUGGCCAAGGGCUCCGCCUCCUCCAUGACAAGCAACCGCGAGCGCCGCAACUUCCACCGCAUGGUGCUGGCAUACGGUGUGCAGGUGUUUCAGCAGAUGAGCGGCAUCAAUCUGGCCCUCCAAUAUCUCGCGAUCAUGAUGUACACGCAAUUCUCGUACGCGGGGUGGCUCGCGCGGCUGCUGGGGGCAUGCGCGGCGAGCUUCUACUUCUUGUCGAGCUUCACGGCCGUCGUGGGCAUCGACCGAUUCUGGGGAAGGAGAUGGCUCAUGCUGUUUGGUGCUACGGGCAUGUGCGCAUGCAUGGUGCUGCUGACGGUGCUGGGAUAUCUUUGGCAGGACCGCGGCAUGAAAGGCACAAACAUCGCGCAGACCGUCUUCCUCUUCGCGUACCUCUUUUUCUUCGCCAUGGGCUGGCAGGGCAUGGCCUGGCUGUACCAGGUUGAGGUGGUGCCGUUGCGGAUCCGCGGGCCUGCGAAUGCGCUCUCCACGAGCGCGAACUGGCUGUUUAAUUUUGUCGUCGUCUUCAUUGGCCCCAUCGCCUUCCACAACAUCUCCUGGCGCACCUACAUCAUCUUCGCAGCCACAAACUUCGCCAUCGUGCCCCUUGUUUACUUCUUCUACCCAGAAACCGCCUACCGCUCCCUCGAAGAAGUAGAUGUCCUGUUCCACCUCGCCAACGAAGGCCCCGGCAACCCCUGGCUCUCUGUCGUCAAAAUCAGCUUGAACGAGCCCCUCUGGUUCGGCAAGAAGGGUGACGCGCCGUUCGAUUACGAGCAGAGCGACUGGCACCAGCGCUACGUGCAGCUCAUGGGCAGCGGCAGUGGCACGACACUGGAAGGCAGCGGCGGCCUGCACCGCGAGAAGGCUCACGGCAACGGCGGCUCCAGCGGCGGCACCGAAGGGCGCAACACGCCCAAUGCUGCCGGUCUGAUCGAGCAGGCGAUGUCCCACUCGAACAACUCGCCCGGCAGCUCGGCGACGCACUCGUCACUCAGCGAGAAGCGGCAUAAGGAACAGUACGCCGCGCACACGGCCGCACACCGCAGCUCCACCGGCACAGGCACCACCGCCGUCUCACUGACACCCAGCAAGCGCCCGCCCCUCCCCGACGAGCCCGUGCAUUCAUUCCAAAGCGCGCACUCUGCGCAUUCAGAUCCCAACUGGGCCGGCUCGGCACUCGCACCGCCGCCGCUCCGCGUACCCAGUCGCGACUCCAGUCUUACCGCGCGCUCGAACUCCCUUUCACACUCCCGCUCCCAGUCCAUUUCCUACCCCCGCGUCCCAUCAGGCGGCAUAACGCGCACUGAGAGCGGGCGCCAGACAUACUUGCCAGAUGGCAUCGCCUCGCCUGAAAACUCCCCUGAGUCGCUCUCGGCGUAUGAGUCCGAAUCUCAAUACCGGCUGCAUUAUCUGCCUGACAGCGUGGAGGCACAGAUGCGGGAAGUCCUGGGGCGGUCAGGCGUCGUGCUUGGGGAGGGAGAGAGGGUUAUUAUUGCAGGGGAUGGGAGGGCAGUUGUAAGAGCGGAGAGGGCGGGUUCAAGGAGUAGUAGUUUUAGUCACCGGGUGGCGAGAGAUGCGGGGAGGGGGCAUUAGGCUCGUCAAUUCCUGAUCUUUGAUAGGUCGGGGUAAUGUAUAAGGGUUAACUAUUUGUGUGUAUGAUACGAUGGAAUGGCGGAGGACGGGAUAGGAUGGUAUAAGAUAGGAUAGGGUGUCCCAAAUACGUGUUCAUUUUCUUCAGAUUUGACAUACUUGAUUCUGGCGAUCUGUAAACUGUCCUGUCUCUUUGACACGCAUGUUUCUGAGUGAGUGUCAUUUCACGAGCAGUGAU